AUGGAUGGACAUGGUGAGCGCAACUCUCUAAAAGAGGCACCAAAUAACACGGAGAUGCUACUUGCUUUGCUGUCGCACAGUGACGAACUACGGAAAGAGAUCCCAGUAUGUGCAGGCUGCAAUCAACACAUCGUAGACCGCUUUAUCCUCAAAGUGCUGGAUCGCCACUGGCACAGCAAGUGCCUGAAAUGCAGCGACUGCCAGGCACAGCUGGCGGACAAGUGCUUCAGCAGGGGAGACAGCGUCUACUGCAAAGACGAUUUCUUCAAGAGAUUCGGGACCAAAUGCGCAGCCUGUCAGCAGGGGAUACCGCCCACACAGGUGGUGAGGAGAGCGCAGGACUUUGUCUACCACCUGCAUUGUUUUGCCUGCAUCGUGUGCAAGAGGCAGCUGGCCACAGGUGACGAGUACUACCUGAUGGAGGACAGCAGGCUGGUCUGCAAGGCCGACUACGAGACAGCCAAACAAAGAGAAGCAGAUUCGACCGCAAAAAGGCCACGAACAACCAUCACGGCUAAACAACUGGAAACACUGAAGAACGCUUACAAUAACUCUCCCAAACCUGCCCGCCACGUUCGGGAGCAGCUAUCAUCAGAGACAGGCCUGGAUAUGCGGGUUGUGCAGGUUUGGUUUCAGAACAGACGAGCUAAGGAGAAAAGGCUGAAGAAAGACGCCGGGCGGCAGAGGUGGGGGCAAUACUUUCGCAACAUGAAGAGGUCGCGGGGAAGCUCCAAAUCAGACAAGGACAGUAUCCAGGAAGAGGGAAUGGACAGCGACGCCGAGGUGUCUUUUACAGAUGAGCCACCGAUGUCAGAGCUCAGCCACACCAACGGCAUUUACAGCAGCCUGAGUGAGUCCUCUCCAGCCAUGGGUGGCCGCCAAGGUGGCAACAACCACGGCUCCUUCCCCCUGGAGCACGGCAUCCUCCCCUCUCAAGACCAGUUCCACGACAUCCGCUCCAACAGCCCCUACGGCCUUCCGCAGUCGCCGGGGCCACUGCAGGCACUACCCAGACACCAGCCUCUAAUCACCAGCCUGGUCUACCCUGACUCAGGCCUUUCUAUCAUGACCCAGGGCAGCGUACCCGGGAUCAACCCUGCCGUGAGGGUCUCCAUGGGGGCAGCCAACGGCCCAAGCUCGGACCUCUCCACUGGAAGCAGUGGAGGAUACCCAGACUUCCCUGCCAGUCCUGCCUCCUGGUUGGACGAAGUAGACCACGGGCAGUUUUGA